CGAUCAAUUAAAAUGCCCUAAGAUAACUAAAAGCUAAAGUAUUGAAGCACUUCCUUAGACAUGGCAGAAGGGUGGGUAUUGGUACACUCAACAUCUUCGUUUUUUUCAGUUUUUCUUCCUGGAAUCCCUUCCCCAAUUCUUAUUUCAUUUAUUAUUCAUCAACGAAGAGAUGCUUGGAUACCUGCUAGCUUAACAGUACCUGCUAGCUUAGCCGGCGACGGACGACUUGGAGAAGCUCUGAAUCGCGAUGUACUCUUCUCGAGCUCAGGUUUCAUCAGCUUCUUCCAUCUUUUUCACUAUCUAAGUCGGGUAAUACAUGACUCACGUCUUCUUGUAUUCCAUGAAUUUUCUCGUUUGGACCUUCCAGGGUUUUGAACCCUAGACUUUUAAAUUUUUUCUUAAUAUUUGUGCCCGUUCUUAGAUUUCUACGCAGUGUAUCAUUUGUGGUCUCCCCUGAUUUUCUCUCUUUAUUCAUUCAUGGAUGGCUUUAUUAAAGUUGGGUUUAGAAAUUCAAAGGUUAUACAUAUCAGAAUUUUGUCAGUUGUUUAUUGUUUAGUGCAACCUUGUUUUUGCUCUCUGCUUUUUAGGAGCUUGCUCUAUAAAUCUUCUAUGGGUUAAUCAAGUUCAAGAAGGAUAAGAGCAACCAUACGUUAGUUCUGCACAAAAAGUGUUCGAAGAAAUGUCUAAACUAGAAAAGCGGGUGCUCCAAUGGGUUCUUAUACGAAACAGUAUGUAUGGUUAGUUGUUUCAAAGAUAUAAGAAAUUCUUCCGGCAUAUGGAGAUGAAAAGAAUGGAACUGGAUAAUGGAAGGUCUCGCCUUACAAAACUAGAUGAGAAAUUGGCAUGGAUGCCUCAAAGGAUGAGAAAUCUAUAUACUACCUCCGUCCCAGGGACAAGUUCCCACUUUCCUUUUUUGGCAGUCCCAACAAAAAGUUCCUAUUUCCCUAAAUGGAAAGUUAUCCUACAUCAAAACUGUCACGCCCCGGACCUACCCGGACACGUCAACAACCCGCCGUACAGUACGAAUAGUCAACCGCAGUCCAACUCGUCCAUACUAUACAAGGCGUCUUGAAUACCAUUCACAAUAGUACAUCCAUAAACAAUCAUAAUGUAAAAUAAUUAAUUAAAGCAGCGGAAACAUUAAUAUAAUAUCCGAGCCACACGUGGCAAACACGGGCAUACAAGCCCCAAAUAAAUAUUCAAA